UGACAGGUCGAACACACCCUAAACGCCACAUUUUCAGCAGACGUCACUACGUCCAUGUGGUCUCCACCCUUGUUAUGAUUUUGUCCAUGCGUGGAAAAAAUAGACUUCUUACUUCUGCAUCAGAGAAGUUUUUAGUGUUGGUGAGAUUUUCUACAGCUUAUAUAGUCUGACCGUAUCUGGACUGUACCAUUUAUCCACGUCCUUUCCAAAAUCUGCAGUUGCGUAAUUAUAGCUAACGGUCAGCCAACUCUUUCAAAUAUUUGGUGGACACCCCGUCCAAGAACUCCGUCGCCAGGGCUUGCCAUAUGAUUACGCUGCACAACUCCACCUCCGAGUAGUUUCCGCUAGUUGGACCACAGUCGCACGCGCUCCUGAGGCAGAUAUUCUCGGCAAACCGUUACGCGCGAGCAGAAUGCUUUGGAUCUGUUUGUCAUGAGAGUAAACUCGCGGUUGUAACUUUUCAACAUGACUUUCCGGAGAAAGAACAAGCAGCGCUCUAAUGAAAGCCUUGGCCGUAUUUUUGGAGACAACAGUGGAGACAACUUCCCCUCAAAGCCGUACAACAAGUCCCCGGAGUUCGUUCCCACUUGGACCGACGUUUACAUUUAUGACACUGUCGCGUACUGCGGAGUCACUUUGCUGAGAAGUUUUCAAAACCAUGGACAGCUACAGCAGUGGAGACCUCUGACAAAGUCGUCUGGAUCCAUCAGGACAUCAAUGGUUUUGGAGAAGAGUGAAGAUGAAGCCUAUGGCUUUGAGCUGCAGACAUAUGGCCUCCACCACCAGACUGAGAACUCGGUAGAGAUGUGCACCUUUGUGUGCAGGGUUCACGAGGGCAGCCCAGCCAAGCUCUCCGGCCUGAGAGUGGGACACACCAUUGCGUGUGUUAAUGAGACGUCAGUGGAGGGUUUCCAACACAAGGACAUUGUGCAGCUGAUUAAGUCAUCCGGAAACAGUCUCAGACUGGAGACGCUCUACAGUGAUUCCAUACGAAAGGCAGAGCUUGAUGCCAGACUGCAGUAUUUGAGGCAAACCUUACAGGAGAAGUGGGAUGAAUAUAGAUCCCUGAUGGUGGAUGAACGACGACUAACACACGGUGUUGUGGUGAACGAUGCAGCCAUCUACGAGUCCUUAGAGUCUGCAGGGACAUACGGGAGCUUCAGCUUGGGUCUUCCCAGCCCGGUUCUGCUCCGCGCUCACCACUGCAACCACAGCAGCAGCGCCAGCCUCCCGGGUACCGACCCGGACCACGACAUCUACAAGACCUACCACGGCCCGCCCAAGUACCCCACCAUCUCCAGCGCAGAGUCCUGCUGCAAGCUGUCCAUGCAGUUCUCGGCCCAGUGUCUUCUUCACCCAGCGGCCGGAGAGGUGUUCACCACGACCAAGAGUCCCCUCACCAGAAGUGCCAGCACGCGCUCUUACGUAAAGGAACCGACGAGGAAGACUGCCUCGUUACCCUUCAACAAGCAGGGGUGGUCGAGCGUCAUGCUGCACAAAGCGAAACAGAAGAGCUUCCCGAUCCCGAGGAAACUGUUGAAGUUUAUACCAGGCCUGAAUCACACGCUCGAAGAGGAGGAGAGCAAGUUAUGAUGGCCUGUACUUAGGGAUCAAUUCAUGUGUUUUUGUUUUGUUUUUGUAAGCCAAAAGUAGUAUUACUAUUUGAUGUCUUAAGCCCGAUUUGGAUGGGACUUUUAUUAUCUAUGGACCCCCAGUAAUUCUGAAUAAUUACGGAGAAUGUCUGAGUUCUUAGUCCUGUGCGAAUGCGUCAUGUCCGUGAUUUGUGAAGUAAGACGUCCCGGGGUCAUUUCAUGUUCCAUAUCCACAUGCGCGCCGUUUGCACCCCCUCACUUUGUCUGUGAAUUGAGUAAAUGACAGACGUUUGCUUAUCCCGUCCGAAUGCGCCACAAAAAAUCACAGAGGUCCGGGGGUAAUUGCGAAUGACCAGGGGUCCAUAGGUAAUAUUGAUCUGGUUGCGAAUCAGGCUUUAGAAUGCCCUUCAUUUCACUGAUAUUAUGGGCUGGCAUUCAUUGCAUUGCAUGUUGCAAAUGCUAUUUUUUUACCAGCAGCUCGUAUUGUCUUAUCCUUAGGUGCUGGUGGGUGUGUGUGUGUGUGUGUGUGUGUGUGUGUGUGUGUGUGUGUGUGUGUGUGUGUGUGUGUGUGUGUGUGUGUGUGUGUGUGCAGUCGUCUGUGUGACAGAGAGAGAGCGAGAGAGAGAGAUUUCAUAAUUGACAUUAAAUGUCAGAGUGAACUAUCCAAAUAACUCUUAAACCAAAAGUUACUAUACUAACAAAACUGACUGGAAAAUGCUUAAAUUGCAACCAAGUUAAUGUUGUACUGAGAGAUUUAGUAUUUUAUUUUAUGGUCAGCUUCAUGCAGUUAAGCACAGGAGAGAAUAAUUGCCAGAAAUAUUGAACAAUGUGAGGGAAGAUAAGUUAAUACAGGCAAUCGUUAUUUAUAUCACAACAAUAGUAGUAUUAUUAAGAUUGCUUACAACAAAUGACUACAACAAAUCAAGACAGUCAAGGCAAUAUAAUAUAAUUAAGUGAUCCAUAAAUAAAGCCAGUUGCACUAAACCUUAUUAACAACAUUUCUGUUUGAACAAGUGCCUUUAAAUUAUUUAAGUGUAUUUAAUAAGUAUUCGCUGAACUCUUUUAUAAAUCAAUACCAGAAUGAGUAUUAUAAUGUACAGAUCGCUGUUUUGGUAUGACAGUACUCUUGAGUUUUUUUUUACUGGUGUAUUUUGUUUUGUUUUUUUACUUGUUUUUCUUGGCUUCAACAUGUAAUCAGAAUUCCACAGCAAAAUUGUUUUAAUGAAAUUAACUUAACUUUUUCAAAGCUUCAAGUACGUUACAAGUUACUGAUGGAAACCUUGUGAUCUAGUUGGCAUUACCUGACAUUAUCAUCAGGGCUCGAGUUGUAGGGGGAUGAGGGGGGAUGCCAUCCCCCCAACGAUGAAAAUGGUCAAAAAUCAUCCCCCUCUAAAACAGGCCUCCCUUCUUCACAUAUUGUGUUUAAAUUGCACUUUUAACAACAAUAUUUUCAAAAUUUGAAUUUCAAUCUCUGACCAUCCCCCCCUGCUUUGAUUUUACAACUCGACCACUGAUGAUCAUACUCUAGCCAAUGGCAUUACUUGUUGUCUUGGUAUUUUAUGUUACUUGUGGAGAGAGGAGUGAAGAUCUCUAUGCAUCUUUGCAAUUACUCAUUUGUCCAGAAGUAUUUUCAAUAAAUCAAGUUCACAGUUUGUACAUACUUGACUAUAUCCCCUACCCAAAAAUGAAAUCUAACAAUUAACUGAUGCAUCAAUAAAUUAUACUGUUCAAACAGUUUUAUUUAAAAAAACACACGCUAUCACAAAAUAUGUGGCAAAUAAACAAUAUAUACAGCAUAGAGGCAUGUUCAACUGUAAUGUUGUAGAAAACCUCUAUUAGAAAUUUUAUCAAUGGUCCUUUUCAAUGCUAGCAUUAUACAUUUCUAUACAUUGCUGUGUCAGUGUUGUAACAUUACUUUGACUUUGUUCCUGAGAUCUCUGAAUGAAUAGACGACAAAACGCACAUAGCUGCCGAAUAUUUCAAUAUACAGUACAUGUCUUCUAUAUACAGAAUGGUAAAAUUGUAUCAUAAGAUUGGAGUAAGGAGUCAGCACACUUAAAAUCCUUUUUUCCUUGACUUUUUAUUCCAUGGCAGGAUUACUUUUGGAACGAAGAUGGAAUGAAAUGGAAUAAUGCAAUAAAAAAAUAAAAGGAAAAAAGGAUUUCAAGUGUGAGGACUCCUCACUCCAAACUUACAGUCAGUCAGCCUUAGUCCUGCACCUUUUCCCUGAGAUGAGCACAAUAUUCACCUUCAACAGGUUGCAUUAUAACCAUCACCCUUUUAAGUGCUGCAGUGAGUGUACGUACUGUAGCUUAGUGAUGGACAUUCUGCAGCCUCUGAAUGAAUAGUCCACAAAAUACACAUACGUAGCUGCAGAAUG